GCGAACGAUGGAGAAGGUGGAGGAAAUCAAGUACAAAGUGUUGGAGCUGAUCAACAAAAAGAAAGAGGUAAAGAUUCCAAAGAUGGGCUUCACGGAUUAUUACGUGCACCAGCAGCAGGUAGCCCGAGUAGCCGCUGGACCCACCCCGGGCGGUCACACGAAACCUUCCACCCAAACCGUUGCACCGACAGUGGCCACCAGUACCAGUAUGCCACCGUUCGAUUGGGCGGAGGAGAUAUCCGGCCAGCGAGGACCGAACAGUGGCCAGGACGAGCAAACGGCAGCCUCCGACCAGGAGGUGCUGGAAUCGACCGAGGCGAUCUACUUCGAUACCGGCAGCAAUACGGGGCUGCACGAGUUGCGCAAACUGUCCGAAACGGGCCAGCUGCUCGAUUGUGGUUCGAUCGAACAGUCGAUGGGUGUGUUACGUCGGCAGCAUCGUGUAAUUUCGAAAAAAGUGCUCCAGCUAAUUCUCGAACAGCGCACCGCCAGCGAUGCGGAGUUUCAGCGCAUCCGCGAAACGGAACGUUUGCUGCGGGAAACGGUCGCAAUGUGCCGUACGGCGCGUCUUAAGCUGGAUACCUCGAAGCUGCUGCUAACGACGACCAAUCUCGAAAUACUGGCCGCAUACAAAAAGCGCCAAACGCUGGUGAAUCUGUUGCGUACGCUUAAUGCACUGAAAAGCAUGCGUUCGAUCGAUCAGCGACUGCAGCGUAGACUAACGGACGCGGACUACGGUGGCGCAAUUGCGAUACUGUUGGAGAAUAAGAAUCUUUCACAACGGUUUCACGAGUAUCGGUGUGUGGAGUCGUUGUCGCACAAGCUGCAGGACACGCUACUGCUGACCGAGGUACAGCUGGAGAGUGUGUUGGGCGAAAUGCCGUCCGAGUUUGAACCGGCCCGGUACCAGAAGCUACAGGAAGCGUACCAACUGCUCGGCAAGCAGCUGCUAGCGAUGGAUCAGCUGCACAUGAACUUUGUCUCGUCGGUCCAUACGGCGGCGUUUACCGUGCUACGUCAGCACAUGGAAGUAAGCGUGGAGGAAAGCAAAAAGCUAACGUACGAGCAGAUGUGCGAAUGUGUCCCGAUGGACCGUUACGUACACUGUAUGACGGCGCUGUGUCGAGCGUUCUGGAAGAUACUUGUGUCGUACCAUCAGAUACGCUGCUGGCACCAGAAUCGCUCCCUGUGCGAGAAAGCCCCACCAGAGGAAGGUGAUGUAGCGUCCGAUCGUUCGUCCGCCAUCUUUCAGCAGGAGUAUAUUCGCCAAAAGCUGGAAAGUGGUCAGUUUCGGCUGUGGAACGAUAUACAGGCAAAGAUUUGCGUUUUCAUCGGUACGGGGCGACUGUACGCGCUUAAGUACGAUCAGUUCGUGCAGAUACUGGCGAUCGUUCAGCGGUUGAAGAAGGUUGGCGUUGAGUUUUGCGAAAGCCGGUCGGAAAAAUUGCUUACCGCAAUGCAACGGCAAAGUAUGGAGUUUUUCCAACGAUAUCAUGCGUCCUGUCUCGAGGAGAUUGGCCUAUUCUUCGACCACGAGGUUUGGGUACCGAUUGGGAGCUUUCACGAUGUGACGCAGCUGCAGGAAUAUCGCAACUUUCGACACGCGCUGUCACGUGCUGGUGGCGGUACGUCGGUGGUACCCGCCCGCACUAGUCCACCCGGGACGGAACUGCUUCCGGAUAGUGCUUCAUCGUUGCACUCCCAGGACGAAAGCUCACUGUACGGUUCCUGUGGCUAUUUUUUGCGCUUCACCGAGAAAAGUUCGCCCUUCGACGGUGGCUUCGAUAGUACGAUGCUGGAGGAAGACAUUCUGGCAGGGAUUGCGGACGAAUCGUCCUACUACUGUUCGGAGGAUAGUAGCGACAAUAAUGAACAACAGUCGGCCGGAUCACCGGGCUCUCCCAGGCACUCGGCAUCCGCACAACCACCACCAUCACUCACCACCGGUGCACCGAUCGUUGUCGUUAACACCUCCCUUACCGUGCUGCGCUGCAUCGGACGGUAUCUGUACUUCUGCAAACUCUUACACCCAAUAACACCCCAAAUCGUGCGCUCAAUGGCCGAACUGAUCGAUUACUAUCUGUACUCGGUGCAUGAUCUCUUCUCAGCCGACUUACCCGUACCACGCGAUAAUUUAUCCAGCGCACGUUUGCGGGCCGCAAUGCAACGCAUCCAGACGGAACUCCUACCAAAGCUGCGCCGUGUUUGGCCCCUGUCGGAUGAGAUGGUGCGGCCCGAUCUUACCGAUCCCGACACACUGUACGGUCUGCAGAAGCGUAUCGUCGCGUCGGAAAGCUGCGUCACGCUGGUCGCUCAGUUCCGGCAGAUGGAAAGCUAUCUAGGUGGAUUGCUGGCGGGCGCAACGACAACCACCGUACCGGGCAGUGCCGAUCGGGACGAUGGUUGGACGCAGGCAGCGUUGCGCGAUUAUCUCGUGCGUACAACCGAGUACGUGCCGGAUGUGCGCAAACCGAUCUUUUUGUGCUCGACGGCACGUGUUAUCGAUCUGCAAGCGAUACUGAACGCGAUGGCCAAAGUGAAAUGGGACGUGAAUCAUGUGAAUGUGCAACACUCACCAUACAUCGACACCAUCAAUCGGGGUGUACAAUAUUUUGCGAUGAAGCUGGAAGAGCAAACGUCCACCGUGAUGCUGCCACCGGAUGUGCUUUGGGAUAGCUUCGUGCACGUGCUAACACAUCUGCUCGUCGAAGGCUUCUCGAACGCUAAAAAGUGUUCAGCCGGUGGGCGGGCACUGAUGCAGCUCGACUUCACGCACUUCUGGUCCCUGCUGGAGAUCGUGUCGGGUGGUAAACAUCCCGAACAUCGGGCGUACGUGGAACAGUACGUGAAGGCGUACUAUUUGCCGAAGGAUCUGCUGGAACAGUGGUUGCUCGAACCGCAUGGCUACUCAUCGAAACAUUUGGUCGGGUUGGUGCAAUGUGCGUGCAGCAGCGACAAGAAGGCACGCCAACGGUUGCUUACGCUCGUCGAGUCGGGGACUGGAUCUACUUCCAGCACCAGCAAUUCCUCUCCCACCCAGCAACCGUCCGGUGAUGGUCGGAGGUUGCACGUUGAAGGUCCGAAAAGGGACUCUUAA